AUGGCAGACCAGUCCGACAAAAACACAGGCCUCGACAACAAGUCGCAAAUGCAGUCUAACAUUGAGCUACAAAGACGAGAUAGUUCAGCUACCACAAGAACCACUUUACCGUCUUACGAUGACUCGCUAGCCUUGGGCACUCCGCCUGCGUAUCAGUCUGGUCAACCAAACAAGAAGCCAGCACCUCAACAGCCUACAGCAGGAGCUUCUGCAGCCACCAUUAGAGCAAUCAUGGGCGAUCCCGUUCCUGAGGAGCCCAGACGAAGCUUGCGAGAUCGACUUCUUUGUCGGAGGCCGACAUACAAUCGUCGUCGUCCUUCUUCUGAGCGAUCACGAGAGAGCUCUGCGACGUGGAAUGUUUGGGGGUCGCCAGUCUCCGAUCCUAACAAGUAA